AUGUCCGACGAGCUUUCUUCAACUGUGAUUUUCGAUGUUAUGCGCGAUGAGAUUCGUCAAAAAUCUGCAGAUUUAAAGAAGAUCAAAGGUCGAGUUGUAUUUCGGAUUACUGUAGAUGACAAAGUUCGAAAGGUGUACUGUAAGUUUUCGGCGCAAAGAAAACCGCCAGGGAAAUUUCAGAUUUCAGGUGUCGAUACUAUAAACCUGGAUGUUUUUGAAGUGGAAAAUGAGAAAGAGAAGGGUCUCGCAGCGAAUGCGCUGGUUACUGUAGCCGAUGAGGAUUUUGUGAAAUUGGUGCUUGGUGAUAUUGAUGCGGUACAAGGUUUCAUGUCUGGAAAGGUCAAAGUUCGCGGGGAUAUUUUGAUGCUUCAGAAAUUGAAUACAGUACUCAAAAGUGCCAGGAAAUCAUUGUUGUGA